GUCUGGCUGCAGCCCUGUCUGUGCCCAGCUGUGCUGGCGUGUGGCUGUGCCUGUCCAGCCAUGGCUCAGUCAGCAUCCAGCUGUGUCCAUCCGCCGUAUCGGUGGCUGGCUGUGGCCCUCCCUCUCCAGCUGUGCCGUGCAGGGUUAAGGCACGCUGCAGCAAUCCACAGGCGCUUUCCUAGAUUACAGCCCCAUUAUCUAAUAAAGCGGAUCCGUGGCGCUGCUGGCGGCGCUGAUUAGGGCUGGAGGAGUCCUGUGGGGACAAGGUUACGGGGCCGUGGCUAGGGCUGGUCCCAGCCGUCCGGCCUGGCUGUCCCCCUCCUGACCGGUGACCUGGGGCUGCCAAGAGCACGGGACCAGCCUGAGGUCUCACCAGCCUACGAGGUGCCACCGGGGCUGAUGCCCAGCGCUGGGCUCUGCCCGCCCUGCUGCCAGCAGCCCCUGCCUGUGGAACCGGGGCGGGCGAAGGCAGCAGCAGCACGGGAGAGCACCGGGGCUCUGAAGGCCUGGCUGGCGCGACACCCCAGGAACCCCUACCCCAGCAAGGGGGAGAAGGUGAUGCUGGCCGUGGUCAGCCGGAUGAGCCUCACCCAGGUCUCCACAUGGUUCGCCAAUGCCCGCCGACGCCUCAAGAAGGAGAACAAGGCAGGCUGGGCACUGCGUGGCGCCUCGGAUGGCGAGGAAAGCGAGGGCGAGGGGGCCCCAUCGGAUGUCCCCCCUGGUCCUGACUCCAGCCCCAGCCUCGUGCAGGAUGGGUGCAGGGGCAGCCCCGAGGGGGGGGCAGGCUCUGGGCAAGGCAAGCAGCCCCAGAAACCCAAGAUCUGGAGCGUGGCAGCGAUGCUGGCAUCUCCCCCCAGCAAGAGCGGAUGCCCCCCAGGAGUGCCAGCAGUGCCGGAGCAGGGGUAGGGCUUGGGUGGUCAUGCCCAGUCCCCGAGGGCCGGGUGGGAGCUGGGGCUGUGGGGAGAGGACAGCCCCAUGGCCGCGCAGGGCAGGACAGAUGGCCAUGGGACCCAGCGGCUGCCUG